AUGCCGCCCUUUCGCGAAGAUCAGCUGUUCAUCAUCGCCCCCGGAUCCGAGACUACAUUAUGUCAAUUAGGCCUACCCGAAUCUUUCGCACCUGCUCGCCAUCGCCUGCCCUCUCGCAUGUUCACUGCCCAACAAGACGGAGAAUAUGAGCCGAUCAAGAUCCGGCGGAAGGAGCGACCAGCACAAGCGCCUACUGCACCCGUCAACGGACUUGCGACAAACGGCAAUCUAGAGACCGACGUCGAGGCAGCAUGGGAGGAAGAUCACGUGUCUGAGGAGGGAGCGAUAUGGCCGAUUCGGAAUGGACGGAUAGUCGACUGGCAGUGCUUCUGCGCGCUCAUGACUCACGUCUAUAACACUGUCAACCCGCCGUUCCACACCCCAAUCAUCCUCAUAGCAGAACCUGUCUGGACGACCAAGGAGCACGAGCGGAUAACGCAGUUCUUCUUUGAGAAGUUCAAGGUGCCAGCUUUUACUAUGGUGGACUCUGCGAUGGCUGCUUCCUACGCAUAUGGUGUGACCACGGCAACAGUGGUGGACAUUGGGCAUGGCAAAGCAGAUGUCACAUGCAUAACGGACUCCUUGCUUCACGAUAUCGGUCGAUCUGUCGCUGUCCCUGACUGUGCGGGAGAGGCGAUGACGGAGCGAUUAGUGAAGCUUUUGGGCAGCCGAGACGGUUUCACCAGGAAUGUGUGCGAGCAGUUGAAGAAGAGCAGUAUCUGUGAAGUGUUACCUCCGGACGUCGACUUGCCGACAGAUGAGUCCAUACCGUCCACGGCGUCAGCCAACCCUGCUGCAGCGGCAUCUACUGGAGCGGAUGAUGUUGGUCCUGGUCAGCUGAAGCUCUCUGUACCGGGUGAAUUGCCAAGAGGACCUGGGCCAAAUACACAGGUCGGCGAGGAGAAGUCCCUAGAAGAGAAUGAUGGUGUACUCGAUAUCGCCAGCAUCGUCACCGGAGGCAACAUGACUGAGUAUCUAGCAAAGAAAGAACGAGAGAAGCAGGAACGUUUAGCUGCCAGACAGCAGAAGAAGGGCGACGCUGGUCAACAAGCUGCAAACAAACCUGCACGGUUACAAAACAACAAGCGACCCCGAAACACAUUUGUUUACGAAGAUUACGCUUUACACGAUGCAAUGAAGAAGGCGGGCAUGAGUGCGCAGAGCAUGGUCGACAUGCAAUCGGCCAUGGACGAGGGUCCGAAUAAGCGACAGAAGACACCCGAACCACAAUCCGCUAUCUCUGACAAACCAGCAGACAGUGGACUACCCGACAGCACAAGCCCCACAACAGCUAGUGGCUUCAGACGAGAAAUCGAGGUCGGACUUGAGAGAUUUCAGGCCGCAUCGGGUGGCAUUACCGACCGCCUGGCAGAUGCAAUCUACCGAACCAUCCAAUCCUGCAGCGACUCUAACCGACGGAGUGAGCUAUGGGACUGCAUGAUCUUCGUCGGCAAUGGCGGGAAGGUGCGAGGGUUCAAGGAAGCUCUACUCGAGACUUUGCAGAAGAAAUACAUCAUUUCACCUUCAUCCGCCACGAUUUUCACUUCAGAACUCCCUUCGAAUCUUUCCACGCCCAUGGCGACGGGGGCUAAUACGCCUCUGCCACAGCUCCCGGGUCAACAUCACGGCCAAGGCGUAAAUCCCUUGUUACUAGCGGCCACGACAGCGCAGAACCCACAGCUCCAUCCUUUAUCUUCCUCUGGUCUCGGUCAACUCAAUCAAUCAGCCGUGCAUUUUAGUCACGCGCAGACGCCAACGAGUAUCAAGCUCACCAAGAUCCCGGAGUACUUUCCCGAGUGGAAGGAAGUGGGGUAUGAUGAGGCGACUUUCCUAGGUGCGCAGGUUGCCGCCAGGGUGCUGUUUAUUGCUGAUUCGGCGGCGGCGGCGAGUGGUGGGGGAAGUAAGGGGUAUAUGAGUCGGACGGAUUAUAAUGAGAGUGGGCCUAUGGGGAUCCAUGAGGUUUAUCUUUGA